UUCAGUUUAGUGUUAUUUUGGUUAUUGAAAUUGUAUGGAAUACUUGAUAUUUGGUGGAAUAAUACAUUUAUUUUACCGACGAGACAAAUCCUCGCCCAGAGAACAAGGAAACGUUACAACAUUUAAUUGUUAUAUUAUCAUGUAAUUGACCAAAGACAAUGGAUAUAUCGUUUUUGCCCUGCAAAAAAGGCUCAUAUCACAAAAUUAUUUCAAAACCUGCGUCUGACAAGGAUCUGAAUAACAUUUCACAAUGCAUUGGUACCAAUUGGGAAAUGAUGGCACCUUUCCUUCUAGGGACAAACACAACAGUUACAGUAGAGCAAAUAAAAGAAGAUCAUAAGGGAAGUCACAAGUGUGUGUAUUAUUUACUUUACAAUUGGCGUGCACAGACAAAUGACCCAUCAUUGGCUCAUUUAUUUCACUCUAUGUACCAAGCUGGUAUGUCUAUGACAAUUGAUUGGAACGCAAUUGCUGACAAACUCAAAGUGACUAUAAAGGAUAUCCAAGCAUGUAAAGCUGGGUACCCGGGUCAAGAACAAGAACAAGAACAAGAAACUGGGCAACAGCAAGCUUCAGGUGAUGUGGCUUGUAGAGGUUCUAUGGAGAUAUAGUAGGACUGUCAUUGAUGGAAAAUUUUGUAUUGAUAUAUCGAGAGACAAAUAUGGAAGAUAUAUCGACUUUGACAGUAGAUACAAUGAAAACAUUUAAAUGUGUUUUAUUAAUUGGGAUCAUGGUAUUAUGCAAGAUUGUAUAAGACAUAAUUAUACAAAUAUCAGAAA